AUGGCAGAGGAGGACGAAAGCAGCCCCGAGGGGGCGCAUGAGCCAAUCGAUGAGGAGGACGAUGACGCCGACGGCACCAUGCGGGAGAUCAUGGAGACACCUACCUCGCGGAGAUCUCGGACACGGACUAGGUCCCCUGUGGCGGAACGAUCUUCCUCGGCAAAGGCCAGCGGCAGUGCUGCCAAGGCAAGCGGAGUGGGAGGCACUACCAACGACUCCAGCGUGGGAGCAAAGGCCAAAACCUCGGCGACUGGCGCGGAGACGACAACGAGUGCGCCGGCAGUGCUGCCAAAGACAAUGGGGGCUGCCAAAGACAAUGGGGGCUGCACCAUGCAUGCCGGCCGGGCCUCCGCCUCCUACACCACACAACCCACCGGGGAUGGGCGGAGGAGGCCGACCGCCGCUGGGAGCAGGCGGACCGCCGCCACCUACCCCGGCCAAGGGAGCCUGUGGGGUGCUGCAACAGGGGAUCUACACCGUGGUCUGGGACCCCAACACCAGCGUCACCUGGAUGUCCCUCGAUGGCUUCCCAAAAGGCAGUGUGCCGCAUCAGGUUAUGGUGCCACCGCCAACUCCUCCGACACAGGGUGGGCCAAGCAGGCCAGGCGAUGCAAGCACUCCAGCUGCGUGGGACUGACCAGCAUGGGCCGAUGCUCCUUACUCCUUGCUUUCCUGUACCGCUGGGGAUGUGCGGCCCACCGCGCCCCGGAGCCGGACUCCACGAUGGAUAAGAACAGGCACGCCACGCCUGCUCACAUGUGUGCCCAGUUGCCUGCCAGAGAUUGCAAUUCUCCAAGUUCAGACAGCAUACCACCGGACCCUCUGCAGAUUCUACUCAAGCCGGCCCAUCCCUGUGAUAGCUUCACGCGUGUCAAUGGGGAAAUCGCCUGCUGCAAAGGCACGUUCAGCGACGAGGCCACCUACGAGGUUUCGCAGCCCGGCACGGACACCUGCCUGGGAAUACCCCGAGCCGAUCGAGGAGUGGCAGCCGCUGCCAUAUGA